ACAGGCGUGCGCGUUAUUGGCUCGGACCGAAGAGAAUGAGCGCGCUCCUCCACCUGCGCGCACACAUGUGGGUGUGACAGGCCAUUUGUGAGUCCUGUUCCCGCGCCUGAGUGCGACUCCACUGGACUUGGACUUCAACCUUCGCCACAUAGUUCGGAUGUCGGAACCUUUUUUGGCUUCACUUAUGAAGAAGGCAACACGCGCGCUGCAGCACUUCCGCGCCGGACUCCCGUGGAUUGUGACUUGCUGAUGUAGUGUUGCUAAAAGCUAAAUAGCACCAAAGUAGACUUUUAUAGACAUAUAUCUAUAUCUGUGGGAUGCAAAUGAAUUGGCUUCUGGGACGGCAGAAGAAAAACGAGGAAGAAUUCGUGUUCAGGAGCUGUCCGUGUGUGGGCUUUUCGCCCCACGCCACCAUGUUCAGCUGCGUGGGCUGCUUCUGGGUGCUUCUCUCGUCCGUCCUGGUCGCCGUGUGCAGUUUCAGUUUCAUUUCUCCUGCCUGGAUUGUGAAGGAGCAGCUGAGGAACAACAACCACCAUCCUCCUCCUCCUCCUCCUCCUCCUCUCCAUCAUCACUCCAACAAGGACUCCGUGAGCCUGGGCUUGCUGUGGCACUGCUCCGAGUCCGUGGACCACAUGUACCGCUGUUACACCUUCGGAGGGCUGGGCAAAUUUGCAGAGAUCCCAUCCAGUUCUUGGCAGACCAGUGCGGUGCUCUGCUCGGGAGGGUGCGCUCUGCUUGCCGUCAGCUCCCUGUUGGCCAUCAUCACCAUCUUCCUGCCCGGCGGAGGAUGUGAGAGGAGGAUCUGCACCCUGGCUGGAUACAUGCAGAUGGCUGCAGUGUUCAUCAUGGCUGCAGGACUGCUGGUGUACCCCUUUGGGCUCAACUCUUCACUAGUCAGAUCUUUUUGUGGAAACUCUGACAUCUACAAUGCUGGCGAGUGCCAAAUCGGAUGGGGAUAUAUGUUGGCCAUAGUUGGAGUCAUGCUUACUGUCUUUUUGCCCUUUUUUGCCAAAUAUGCACCAAAGGAGCAGCUGUCUCCCACCCCUUUGCCCACAAUUUUAUAGUCUAUUACCUUCCUCUAAACUGGAUUUAAUGGAUAAAACCUUGGAUUUUUCAAAUAUGAUGCUGUCUCGGAAACAUGUGAUCAUCGUCUUUCUACAGUACUGUAUGUCAUUUAGGUGAAAAUACUUCUGUCAGGUUUAAUCUAAACUGAUAAACUAAUAAUUUUCCUGGAGGUGCUGUUGAAAAAUGAAAGUACUUUUGAAGUGAUAUAUUUCUCAGCAUUUUUCGUAUUUCACUUCUCUGCUGAACAAUUCCAAGAAUGGAAAUUGUGUGAUCAAAGACGCUGCAGUUUUUUUUUUUUACUGAAUCAUUCCAUUAUUCAGCAUAGAUGUUCCGAGUAACAUCAGACAUGGAUUAACAGUUUUUAUUUUAAACUGGGAGACAUUGACCUGACGCGGUCCAACUGUAAAUAUGAAAGUUGAAGCUGAAAAGUUUCUAAAAAUGACUUAAAAGAACUCAAGAGGAGCGUUUGGAAGAGUCUACUAUUUGUUGGGUUUUGGUGUGUCUUCUUUAAAGGAUCAUAAUUAACACAGUAAGUGGUGAGUAGUAGGCCUCGUGUCCAAAAUGUCAACCUUUCCUCUUUGAAUUAUUUGUGUGUAUAUUGCUUGUUAAGUGUAAGUAUUUUUCUCUUGUAUACAGCAAAUAAUACUUCAGGACAAACAUGACUCCAGAAGGCAGGGAGAUAGUGUUGGGAUUCUGUCCAAUUGCAUGAGAAAUGUGUAAAUGGUGGACAACAGCUCUAUAUUUCAAUGUGAUGUGACCGACCUGUGCCUUUAAAUAUAACAAAGAUGGGUGUUACAUACAAUUAUCAGGUUGCCGUUUCAGCUAUUUUCUCAUUCUAAAGUGAGUCCUGUUUUUUGAGGCUUUUUUCCCUCCAUUUUUUACAUACCUUAUGCAGUAUGAUCUCAUUAACAUGGGAACAUGAUUAUAGAAAAAGCACUUUUUAAUCCUGUUUUAUAAUUACUUGGAACCACAAGAAGCAAGCAAACUACUAAUUACAGCGUGCCACUUUCCAGUUAAUCUAAGCCUUCUGGCACCUUUGUUCUAUUUGAUUAACAAUCCAAGUGGUGGACAAAUUAUUAAAUUUCAAAAAUCUUAUCUGUGCUGACACAUUAUACUUAUGUAGGGGUUCAAAUAAGGCAUUAUCUUCAGCACCCCACUUGUC